AUGAGCCAGGCGGAUGUGUCGACUUGCUCCGCGCCGCAGAGGGUUUUCCAGGAGGCGGUGAAGAAGGGCAACACCAAGGAGCUGCACUCUUUGCUGCAGAACAUGACAAACUGCGAGUUCAACGUCAACUCCUUCGGGCCGGAGGGACAGACGGCCCUGCACCAGUCCGUCAUUGACGGCAACCUGGAGCUGGUAAAACUGCUGGUGAAGUUUGGCGCAGAUAUCCGGCUGGCCAACAGGGAAGGGUGGAGCGCUUUACACAUCGCCGCCUUCGGGGGCCACCAAGACAUUGUGCUAUACCUCAUCACCAAGGCCAAGUACUCCUCUGGCGCCCGGUGAUCUGUCUCUGCUGUCAGGUUCUCGUCCAGGCAGCACCAGGUGAUCUGGCCUGGUACGGAAGGUCACCGCUGUGAUGUCACCUCCUCUUCCUAUCCGGAUAUUCCCAGCGUUCUGCUGCCAGCAGCCGGGAACUCUGGGAACUGAGAGCAGGAAGCCUGGCUCCUUCGCAGGAGGGAGAGAGAGGAUAUGUAAGGCCUAGCGCUGAGGUUAUGUGGUCAUUCUGCAGCACUGAAUGACUCAUCAUUUGCUGUGUGAAUACAUGAGAAUGUGGAUCUGACUGAGACUGAGAGAACUAUAUGAGGAGCAUCUGUAACUGGAGCAACGUCGCCCCCUUCUGACGGUAAUCCUCAAUCUAGAAAGCUAUGUGCAUGACAGAACUGCUUCUAAUGUCGUCUUAAAAGUGGCAUUAUGUCCUUUAUUGUUUGGAAUCCCAAUCCACUGCUGUAUGUGUAAAAUAAAUAUGAAGAGCUUUGAACCUUAA